AUGUAUCUACCAGAAAAUCCAAAGAUUGUUCCUGUAUACAAAAUAACUGUUUGGACUAAUGAUUAUCACAUAGGUCCGAUCCAUGAUAUAAAACAUCAACUUGCAUCACUCAGUGUUCGAUUUAUUGACAAAAGUUUAUCAAGUCAUUGUUAUUUAACUAAAACAUGUGCAACAAAUUUAAAGAUUUUAAAUUCUGAAAAUGGUAUGAGUACUGAUUCAAAACUUCACAAACAAUUUUAUGAAGCUUACAAGAAUGAUUUCGAAAUGAAUCAAGUCAAUGUAUUUAUAUGUUUUCAUCCUAUAGCAAUGUGUGAAGUAUUUAUGCCUUUCAAUCGUACAUUGAUUGUUAUUGCAUCUACUCGAUAUGAAUUAGCACGAUUUUCUAAAGAAGAUUGGACUAAAUUAAAUAAAAAUCUUCAAAUAAUUGCUUCUAAUCCUCGGUAA